UUUCCAUGAAAUUUUAUCCCUUGGAACUGACCCAUACAACUGAAAUUCUAACACUUAUUAACAGUACAAAAGAUCUUAAGUUUUCUGUCAUCAAGUGUUAGAUGGAUAAAAAUAUUCAAGUAUCAUAAUUGUGGAUAUUUGAACCUUUUUGAUAUUUUGUAAUUAGAUCUAAAACUUGCAUCAUAAAGUAUAUAAAACUAUAAGCUUUUAUUUUUUAUAUUUGUAAAGAAAAUGUGUUUUAAAUGCUAAGAAAUUGUAGCUUCAUGCUAAUCACAGAAAAAAAACUAAGUAUUAAUUGUUCCAGCGAAAAAAAUACUGUAUGUAUUUUUCAAGAUACCAAAAAUCUUUCAAUAUAAUAUCAAUAUAGCCUAGUUUAUUCCAAAUUAGAGAUGGUCAUUGAAAAUUAAAUGAACUCUACACAAAACAAAGAUAUACCUACCAAACGUUACUAAUAUAUCAACAUAUAAAGACAUAAUUAACUAUUAAUCAACAAAUUUAACCCAUGUCAUGGAGCUCAGUUGUUGCAAAGAAAAGAUACAUUUAAAAAAUUUAUGUGCUCUAAUCUGCAGCCUUUGUUAUAAAGAAAAUGAACCAAGAAAUCAUACAAUGGCAGAUGACAAAGCUUCAGGGGUAGAAUUAUCUGCUAGAACUAUUUUAAAAAGAGCAGUCGAGCUUGACAAUAGUCGCAGAUUUGAGGAAUCACUGACAUGUUAUCAAGAAGGUGUAGGGCUGUUGAUGCAGGUUUUAAAGACUGUAACAGAUGUAACAAAAAAGCAAAAGUACAGACAAAAAAUUGAAGAAUACUUGGCUAGAGGGGAAGAGUUGAAAGUGUUUGUGAAAGAAGAGAAGGAAGCAUCAAAACAACACCUACAAAUUCAUAUAGAACCAAACUCCACUGGACAUUCAUAUGAAAAUUUGUUUGGUCAAUAUCUUAACAAAUUUGUUACCUGUGUGGAAGUUGAUGAUCCUUAUAUAAGAUCUCAUCAUCAGAUCCAAAAUUUUUUGAGACUUUGUGAACUGAUUGUAAAGAAAAAGACACAUGUCAACAAAAUUGUUCUAAAUACUGGGAGUGAUGAGGAUCAAAGUAGUCAGCAGCAGCAGAAUCAAAAAAUAGAGAGCAUUAAAAAAUCAUUGCAGGCAUAUGGCAUUCAGUUGCUGGUGAAUUAUUCCACAACGCUGCAUGAUAGGGAAAUCAGGCUUGAUACAGGAUGGGUAAUAAAAAUUGGCAGAGGUCUAGAUUUAUAUAAAAGUUGUGAUAAAUUUUCCAUUGGUUUCUGUGAUCUUGAACUUCGGCCAUGUCAUGAAACAACUGUAGAUAUCUUUCAUCAAACAACUUUGAAAUCAAAUUCUAAGCCAAAUUGAGGCUUCUGUGUUCAAGGAGUGCUGAUUAGGGAAAUAAUUUUAAUUACAAGUUUUUUACUAGUAUGUUUUUUAAAUUUAAUGAUGAUCUGUGUAAAAUCAUUGACAAAGGACUCAGGAUUUAUUGUUAUUCACUUUUACAAUGAUGUAAAUUACUUACUUGUCAUUGUAAAUAAAAUAAUCAUAUUCUAAAUAA